AUGGAGGUCCUACAAAUUGACACCACUUCCAAGAAGUCGCCGACCCGGAAUGGUAUCCACGAUGGAACCAAAACCCUCCGCCCUGCGUCGGCGUCCAAGCACUCCCCUGCCGCGCAGACUACUGAUACUAAUGCCUCCCUUCUCUUCGUUGGAACGGCAACAACGAUUCUGCAAUGGGCUGGUCUUACUCUGAUGACCGACCCCAACUUCCUCCACGCUGGCGAUCAUGUGCACCUGGGACCAGGCGUGACCGGGACGCGGAAGACAAACCCCUUUGUCGACCUGGAGGAUCUCCCGCCAAUCGAUCUUGUGCUGCUCAGCCACUACCAUGCUGACCACUUCGACGAACACGUUGAGGCCAAUCUGAGACGCGACUUACCAAUCGUCACGACCCCUCACGCAAAGGAUCAUUUGGCUAACAAGCGAGAUGGCGAGUCUUUCACCGCUGUGACUGCCUUGGACGCCUGGGAGACGGCCUUCAUCGACAUCGGCAACGGCAAGGCCGCUGGGAAUGGCGUGAAGCCGCGUGUGAAAGUGGUCGGCAUGCCCGGUAAGCACGUGCCGCCUGGUCCGUUGAACAUAGCGAACGACAUUCUCGGAGCAGUCCCGCCAACAAACGGUUGGCUGCUUGAGCUUGGUCACGGGUCGAGCGCUUCAGCCUCGGACGUUGACUGGAAUUGUGGCUACCGGAUCUACAUCAGUGGCGACACCUUGCUUAUCGACGAUCUGAAGAAGAUUCCAGAGAUGUACACGCAUGCUGGCAAGCCAAUCGACCUCAUGCUGAUCCAUCUGGGCGGCACUACUAUACCUGGGCCCAGUCUGCCUCUGCUCAUGGUUACGAUGGAUGCGAAGCAAGGGAUCCAGCUGGUGAAGUUGAUACAGCCUGAUGUGACGAUACCAAUCCACUAUGAUGACUACGACGUGUUUCUGUCGCCGCUUUCUGAUUUCAAGCAGGAGAUGGAGUCUGCUGGGCUGCAGAGCAAGGCGGUUUAUCUCGAUCGUGGGGAGGAGUACAAAUUCAAGGUCAGACAGGCGGCUCCAUGA